AUGGAUAGCCUCAACUUCCCCACCCAAGACCGCGCCUUCUUGGAACCCCAUCUCCCACCCAAAUAUGGCAACCCAUCAUCAUCAUCAUCUCUCCCCUUCACCACCCUCACCUUCGCCACAUCCCUCGACUCACAAUUAGCUCUUUCCCCGGGCACCCGGACCGUGCUGUCCGGCCCGCAAUCCAAAGCCAUGACGCACUAUCUACGCUCACGCCAUGACGCCAUUCUCAUCGGCGUAGGCACUGCCGUGGCUGACAACCCGGGCCUGAACUGUCGAUUGGCAGGGGUAGGCGGAUACGGCUCCGAAGGUUUAGCGGGCCAGCCCCGACCAAUUAUCAUCGACCCCUCAGCCAGAUGGGAGUUUACGGCGCACUCGAAAAUCUUCGAGCUGGCGAGGAAUGGGCGGGGCAGGGCUCCGUUCAUCAUUACGGCUGCGGAGACGGUGCCUUCUGCACCUCAGAGGGAGGUUUUGGAGAGUCAUGGGGGGAAGUUUAUUGCGUUGCCGGUGGGGGUCGGUUCGGAUGGUGCGCAUCGGAUCGAUUGGACUGCGUUGUUGGAGUGUCUUGUGCGUGAGGGGUUACGGAGCGUGAUGAUUGAGGGGGGCGGGUCUAUUAUUAACUCGUUGCUUGAGCCGGGGUGUCAGACGCUGGUGGAUUCAGUGAUUGUUACGAUUGCUCCAACUUGGCUGGGGCAGGGAGGUGUGGUGGUUUCGCCAAGGAGGAGGGUUGAAGGGGGUAUGGUUGUUCCAGCUUCGAGAUUGACCGGGGUCAAAUGGUAUCCGUUUGGGGAGGAUGUGGUGCUUUGUGGGAGGAUCAAGGGGUCUGAUUAG